ACAACCGCAUUCAUUAGUAUAAAUAGUGCAGUAUGGUGGCUCGAGGGACAUCAGUAGCGUUUGCAAAUUCUAACCGCAACCAUUGGCCGACACAGAACCAUCAUCUGACAAUGUUCCGCUUAACAAUCGUUGCUGUGGCCCUUGUGGGAGUUUCCCUGGCCUACGAGCAUCACGGGUUUAUCAGUGAAGUCAAACACAUCCCGUACAAAUAUAUUGGUGGUGGUGGUGGGGGUGGCGACAUCGGUGGAGGAUUCGGCGGAUCGCAGGGAGGAUUCGAGGGCGGCAUCGGCUUGGGGGGUGGCUACGAAGGUGGUGAGGAAUACUACUCUUAUCCAAAGUACAAAUACGAGUACGGAGUGAAGGAUUACAAAACCGGAGACCACAAGAGCCAAUGGGAAAUGCGCGACGGAGAUGUCGUCAAGGGGGAGUACACACUGGAUGAAGCUGACGGAACGAAGCGCAUUGUUGAAUACUACGCCGAUAGCAAGAACGGAUUCGAAGCCAAGGUGAAGAAUAUUGGACAUGCCAUCGGCGGGGAAGAGGGCGGACUGCAGGAAGGUGGACUGGGUUAUGGCUACAGUUACAGCAAACUGAAGAAAUUCAAUUAAACCGAACCCGAAACGAUUGGCUGAACUAGGACUGAAGACUGAGUCCGAUUUCCAUUUCCGACUUUGCCUGGUAUGUUCAUGUUAGAUUAACCGCAGUUUUUUCGACUGCUAUGUGUAUCUGUCAAAUAAGCUGUGAUCUGUACUCAACAUGUGUGCUAUUUCUCA